GGGUGAUCUCGUCACGCGGUAACUCUCUCCCAGCGGCGGCGAGGGGGCUUCAUUCGGUGCAGAGUCGGCGGUGGCUUAGGUCAGGGUUUGUUUUGCACCGGGCGGUUUGCCUAUUAUCCGGCGUACGAUUCGGUUCUUGGCGCAUCAUUCCAUCCUUUGCGCAAUAUUUGGGAAGUGUCGAGACAAGGCGGCGGCGAGGAGAGGCGUGUGCGGCCUUCCCCUCGGGGGCCUCGUUCCGCCCCUUUCGCCCGGGUGAACACCUCCUCUUCCCCGCCUCGAAGCCAGACUCCCAUCUCUUCGGCGGCCUUUCUCUCAGCGGAGGCGCUUUCCUGGAGGCCGGGUAAUGGGCCUAGUCGUCUUUUCUCCCUGAGGCCUGACCAGAUUCGACUUCCGCUUUCUCUAAACGGGUCACUUGCUCGCCCGCGGCUAAUCAGGUCCCUUUGCCAGUUAAAAGAUGCCCCUGUGCUUCCCUCCCUCGCCUUUCGGGCCCGGGACCCGCCUUCCCGCGCCUUCUUUGGACCCCCUUGCCCCCUUCUCUCCAGGAAAUGAGCCUGAUUUCCACCCGCUACUGGGAUCAUGGCCACCAAGGGUGGAGUGCACCCCUGUGAGAGUAGGGUCGAUUGAGCAUAGAAAUAGGAAGUCAUCCCCGUAUACGUGAUUCUUAGGGACAAAAAAAUCCCCCCUCUUCUGGAAGAGUUAUUAUUAUUAUGGGGGGAAGGGUGUCGCCACUGAAGCCAUAUCGCCAAUUCCACAACAAGUUACAUUUUUCAAAAUCCAAUUCUCAGAGACAGAAAAAGACCGGAAAUCUUCAGAACUGAGACCCAGACAGCAAAACAAACACCACAGGGUUGUUAACCCUUCCCUGUGCUAUCCAAAACCUAUCAACUCACACACUGGUCUGGAGUUACACUUAAAAAUGUACCAGUUCUGACUUACAUACGAAUUCAAUUUAAGAACAAAUCUUGUUUGUAACUGAGGGAUUGCCUGUAUUUCCACCUCAUUACUGGUGCCGUUUGCAAUUUUAAAUUAAUUUUUAAUUAGAUUUUUAAAAAUGUAACUUACAUUCAAUAAAUGUGAAUGUGUAUAUAUUUUUUAAAAAUCAGAAGAAGCAAACACUAAAAUAAUCCUAUGGUAUUCCCACUCCAUUACUGGUGAGAGGCUGGUUCUACCCAUUCAAAGAUUAAACUGGGCACCUACUGUGUUAUAUGUAAUUGCUUACGAACCUCGGUAGUAACAUUCACUCACAACUGAAAGUGAGUGAAUGUUAAAAAUGGUUGAAAAGGAGGUGGGAUUAAAGAGGAAGACUAAUUGCACAGGGCAGUCAUACUUAUUUUGCUACAUGUACUCAGCCAUUUCCUGUCUCAAGUAUAUUAUAAACCUGAUGGACAACAGAGCCCGUCCAGAUGUGGGUAAACAAGUCCUAGCAUUCUUUAGCCAUUGGUUAUUCUGGGCUACUAAGGCUACUAGAAGUUGCAGCUUGACAACAUCUAGGUUAAAAGACAAAAAUAGCAGUCUCAUCAAUGAGAAAGCUGCUCUGUUUCAACCAUCUUCCUGGAUAGAAGUAGGCCAUAGCUGCUUGAAACACAUUUCCAAAAUGCCUGUUAAAGAGGUGGUGAAGCAGUAUGUUGUAGCAAAACAAUAGAACAAUUAUUUGGGUUUUUUCCCCCAGACUUCUUUCUAAAAUACGUAUUGAGCGGAAGCAUCUGUUUUUAAUAAGGAACGUUUAUACAGUGAAUAAUUUUCUUUGGUGCCCUUCCAUGGUCCCUUCCAUCUGUUUCACUGAGAUUUAAUUGGCAAUAACGCAGUGAAUGGAGCAGCAGUAAAUUUUUCUUGUAAAUAUUCCGAACCCAGCCUCCUCAACUUUACUACUGGAUUGACAUGUUUAACAUCAUGUUUAGCAUCCUGCAAUAGUUUUUGGUAUUUUCCAGUAUGCCUUUGCUUUCAAAGAUUUAUGAAAAUAGUAAUAGGAAUUCCUUGCCGUAUCAUUUCACCAUACAAUGCAUUUCCAUACAAUGACACUGGCAGUUUGUUAUUGUUGUUUUGCUGUAAAGUGAGAACAGACAAGUUACAAGUUAAUGUUUUUGUGGCAGUCUGCAUAUGAGAAUAUGUUGCUGUCAAAUCUUGUUUCCCAAAUCAUAAUGCUAAUCAGAGGCUUUAAGUGUUCCAAUUUUUUUUACUGUAUAUGACAGGAAGUGAUUGGAUCCCAUCUGCUUUAUGAAUAGUCAAAGAAAAAUUCUUGGGUGUGUUGAUUAACAGAAACCCUUCUGUAUAUAUUGAUGCAGGACACCUGCCAGCUAACUGGCAUUGGGCCAAGGAGUGCUAGAUUUCUGCAGCUGAUCGGUAACAUCUCUUGAUCUCUAGACUUCAAGUCAGUUCAGAUUUUGAUCACACUCAACAGGUACUCAGAGAUAAGCCUGAGAACUGUACAUUUCAUAUUCAAUUUAAAGUGUGUAUUAUUCUGGCCACCCAGUAAGCAUUAUGUUAUUGUCAGUGGCUGCUUAUCAGAAUAAUUUGUAGAUGAAAAUGCUGCUCUCUAGUGUUUUUUUCUUUUGUUCCACAAUGUCUGGAGAGCCAUAUGAUUCCCAAGCUCAUCCUAAAUUGAUUUCUGUUUACAUUACUAAAGGGACAUUGGAUUUCCCUCCAAUGUUAGCUGAUAAUCACCUGGUUCCUCAAAAGCUCUUGGACCAUAUAACUCAAAGCUACACAUCCAUAGCAAGAUUGUUUUGAUAGGAUGAGAAGACAAGUGCAAGACACUUUGUUUUUCAGACACAAAAUACAUUUUGCUUGAUAGUACAGGAUAAUGGAAUAAUGAAAGUAUGAGAGUGGUAAUGUGAUUUUUAGUGAAUCUUACUGAUGUGAGCAGAUUUUACCUUUUGCAGCACACUCAAACUUACAUUUUUAAAAAGAGGUGCUAAAAAGAUUUCUUUAAAAUGUGUAAAUUUAUAUUGUGUGAAAUUAAACAUUGGUGAUAUAUUUUUUUAAAAAAACCCAUCAACUUCUUUCUUUGUUGAAGAACUACUACCCAGAAAAUUAUCCAGAAAGAAAUGUUGGCACUUGUUGCAAUUAUAAUUCCUCAGUUAUAAGAAAGUAUAUGUAUUCAAAGGAUAUUUGAAUUAAGACCAUGUUCCUGAAUGUUUUGUUCAAAUUCAUUUUAAAAAAUUGGUCCUUGUUUGACUAAAGAGACAUCAAUUGGCUCUGAAAUAUCUUUUCAACCUUUUCACUGAAUAGCAGUGAAGACUGGUUCAUCUUUAUAGGGAUAUUUGGGAGAGAGAAAAUAAAAUUCUAAAGAAAAAAAUGAACUUCUUGAAAGCAAAAUCAAACAGUUCAGUUUUCUUGAUUUAUGCAGCCAGGCCUGUUGUUUUUACAAAUGCUGCAUGAUGCAGUUGCUUUCAGUCUAAUUUUUUUUGCUACCCAACCUGUCUAAAAAUAGUUCUUAUAAGAUACUGUAUACAACAUGCAUGUAUAAUGUAUUUCAGAAUAUGCAGUUGGCAUGACCCUAUUCUUAUUCAUAACUGUCAUGAACAAUUGGUAUGAAAAUUCAUUUUUGUGAAAAAAUUGUACUCUAUUUUGAGUUUCAAAGGUGUGUUUUGUAGCCACAAAGCCUUUUAUUACCCACUCAUUGCUAUGAAAGUAUACAUUAUGUGAAUAUACAAAUCUGUUUUAUGCAUUCAAGUAUUUUUUGCUUUCAGUUAAUAAAGGUCGGGGAAGAUUUUUCUUUUUUCCAAUAGGUGAAGAGCUUUUUGAAGACCAGAAAUUGAAACUUUGUAUUUUUUUAAAAAAAAAAAAACCACCAAACAAACGACCCUUAAAUUAUCUGGCUGUAGAAGAUGGAUCUUCUUUGCAGCCACUUUCAAACGCAAGUUCAUUUUAAAUGAACUGUUUUUUUUUAAAGAGGCAAUUACUUUUCACUGUCUCCAGUCUUCCUUAUCAUUCAAAUGGACUUACUUUCUCCAGUAGUUAUUAUUCAUCCUUUCUGAAUUUUGAACGCGGGUGUUUCCUUGGCUGUGUGAGGAAGAAACAUUUUUCUACUCUUUUACUAUCAAUUCAUCGAUUGAGUGUUGAUUCGAUCUACAGGAAAAUACCUGGAAGUAUUUGAAGAAGGAGCUGAUCAAGAUCAUAUUGCGAGGAAGAUACUAGCAGAUCCAGUCUAGAGAAGAUUGUGCCAUAUUAAACCAAACUUUGACCAGCUGGCGCUGAGAGGAUAGUAAACAUAUAAUUUGCCAUCAAGUCAUUCUGCUACCAGUUUCUGGUAUUCAAUUCAACAUGUCUAACCAAGAUGACUGUUACUUUUAUUACUAUUCCAAAUGUAGCAAGGGGAAGAGUUGCCCUUUCCGUCACUGUGAGGCUGCCUUGGGAAGUGAAACUGUUUGUGCUCUCUGGAAGGAGGGACGAUGUUUUAGAAAUGUCUGUCAGUUUAGACACAUGGAGAUCAAUAAAAAACGCAGUGAGAUCCCAUGUUAUUGGGAAAAACAGCCAUUGGGCUGUCUGAAGUCGAACUGUGCGUUCCACCACACUAAAGCACGUUUUGUGGAUGGACUUUUCUUACCUCCGAGCAAAACUGCUAUUCCAAAUGUGCUUGAGCCUCCAGAAGAGGAGAUAAAGAUCUCAGUGCAGCAGAAUAAACUUUCUGUUCAGUCCAAUCCAUCUCCCCAACUGCGUGGGGUAAUGAAGGUAGAUAGUUCUGAAAAUGUACCGAGCCCCGCUCAUCCACCAGUAGUUAUCAAUGCUGCAGAUGAUGAUGAAGAUGAUGAUGAUCAAUUGUCUGAAGAGAAUGAGGAAGCUAAAAUUCCUCAGCAAUCAUCUUCAGAAGUUCGUAAUGGAUUGCGAGUAGUUCCUACUCAAAAACCUAUGACUAGCACAAACCAAGAUAAAGAUGGUAAUUUGAAUUUUGGGAUAAAGACACUUGAGGAAAUCAAGUCAAAGAAAGCAAAACAAAAAACCAAGCAUCUAUUUCGUAAGUUCACUCUUUUCCCCUGGUGAUUUGGGUUAGAAUGAAGUCUUGUUUGAAAACGCCAAUGUGCUUGGUAUCUGAGAGAGUAUACUACUUAGUUCCGUAGUCAUGAGAUAGUAAUGAAUUGUGCAUGCCCUCCUGUUGUGGCAGAUCAGAAGGUUUAUAUCAGCAUAUUAAAAGUGUACCUCAGACGUGUUGUCAAAUGGACAUACCCUGUUUCCCCGAAAAUAAGACAUACCCUGAAA